UUAUAUUCGCAUCGAAUCGUCGGCAGUAGAGUACAAAUUAAGCAUAUAUAUUUAUAAAAAAAAGUGAUACAAGAAGUUAUUUUUUGUACUCUGUCCAGGCCACUUUGAGGCGAGGUUACCGAAGAUCAUAAUAGUUCUCAAGAUUUUUAUGUAAAAUUUCAAAAAAAUUACUGUCAGAAGACAAUAAGGACGUUUCCUGACUUUUUCAUUUGGCGGAUCGAAUCAUAACGGGAAAGAAUGUUAACGAAGAUUGACACAACAACUUCUCAGCAAAUUGGAGUUGGAUCUCCCGAGAAGACAGGAAGAUUUACACUAUUACAGCCUUGUCGUACGUAUGGCAAACAGUUUAUUAGUGUUCCAGUUAGAUUGAACAUUUACGCCUCACAAUUUGAUAAUUAUGCUGUAGUCAGCCAGGAUAAACUAAUUGGUCGAGAUAUUGGCUGUAUAAGCUUGAAAAAUUGUAGAGUAAACAGCCAAAAGACUGGUUUUCAAAUAGUUCCAGUGAAAUUUGAUGGUCCACCACUAACUUUUCUAACAGAUGAAGAUGAGGCGGCAGACUGGCAACAAUAUCUCUCAAAUUUAACAAAUACAGUCAGGAGAAAGAGUUCAAAUUUUCUUCCGGUCUUGGAAGAAGAAGACUAGUGAACCUCAAGUCAUCAAGAAGAGUAUUUAUGGUAUAUCUACCUAUUUAUAUGAAAAGAAGCUAAACUAUAUAUACAAAAUAAUAUAAAAAUGGGCCGUUUCUUUGUUAUAUAUAUAUACAUAUAUAUAUACAGUAUAUAUUUGAAAGAUGAAAUCUUUCCCUUUCCUACUAUCAUCCUACUUAUGAAAUGUUUUCCUUUGAAGAGACAGUUAUAGAGGAACGUGAGCUCGGAUAAAAAAAAUUGCAUAAUUAGAAAAAAAAUUAUUGAAUGAUAAAAUUGAUAAAAAAAAUAACAAUGACAAUGAUGAUGAUAAUGAUGAGACGUAUUACAUUUUUUUUCUAUGUUUUGCCUAUAACUUUCGACUUUUUCUUGUUUUGUGAAUAUUUAAACAGAAGAAAAAAAACUGUCAAACAAAAAUCUUGAAGAAGUAGAAGAUAGCGAUGAUGAUAAUGAUGAUGAUGAUGAUGAUGAUGAUGAAGAGGAGCAGGAGCAGGAGGAGGAGAAGAAACAAUAAAAGAAUUAAAUUUUGUAUUCGUUUUCUUGUGUCUAGUCGAUAUUUAUAUAUUGUUUUAGUUUCUUUUGUCACUUAACUGUGAGAUGAAUUUAUACUAGUAUAAGGACUUCCUCUUUUUUAUAUUGUACAAUGUAUUUAUGUAAUACUUUAAUAAAAAAGAUAGA